GGUGUCCUUCUAAAACUUCCCAAACUUUCUGGAAACUCAAGUCAACAGAGAAACCCUGACUGGCAACGUGCCGCCUCCCGCCUCACUCACUUCUAAUUAAACCUGAACCAACUUUACGCCUUCUUUAUAUUAUUUUUUAAAACUUAAAAACCAGACUACAACAUUCAGUUGAAGUUUUGAAUGAGCCGAGUUACGCUUGCGUAGACUUUUUUUUUUUGUUAGUUUUAUUUCAUUUUCACGUUGGGAUAAAGUUCUUUAUCAUCUUAAGACUCGUGAUGGCUGUCCUAUCACUAGCUUUACUACUUGUAGGAUUUGCAUUGACUUCAGCUGACAAGGCUGAUGAAGUAGACAGAGAGGACCAGCUGAGGAACAGGCUGAAGGAAUAUGGUCUGGUCACACCUUUCAGCACCGACUCCCACGGACAUUACUUGUCGCACCUGCUCUCGGCCACCCACAAGCAGCGCGUCAAGAGGGAGGUUUUCUCCUCAGAGUCUGAGCAGAAACUGUUUUUUAACAUCACUGCCUUCGGGAAGGAGUUCCACCUCCGUCUGCGCCCCAACAACAGGCUGGUGGCGCGAGGUGCGAUGGUGGAGUGGCACGGUGAGGUGCAGGGAUUCGGAAACAUCAGCGACAGCACCGCUAGUUAUUCAAGCGAGGGUGCCAACCAGACGCAGCCCACCAACGGGACAGAGAGGAUACUUCGGCGUGAGCUGCUAAAGACAGACUGCACGUUUAUUGGUGACAUCACAGAUGUGCCUGGGGCCUCGGUUGCCAUUAACAACUGUGAUGGACUGGCUGGGAUGAUCCGUACCGACUCAGAUGAAUACUUCAUCGAGCCGCUGGAGAAAGGUGCUCAGGACUUGGAGGACCAGGGCAGGGUCCACGUAGUUUACCGAAGGUCAGCUCUGCUCCAGGCCCCCUCUGACAUCUCCUUGGACUACCAGCUGCAAGAACCAGAGCUUGAUGUUCCUGGAACCCUGGAUUCAGUAACCCGGCAGGUCAAUGAGACCAUCCGGCGCCGCAGACGCCGAGACGCUGGAGAGGAUGACUACAAUAUUGAAAUCUUACUGGGAGUUGAUGAUUCAGUGGUUCGAUUCCACGGCAAAGAGCAUGUCCAGAAUUACCUCCUCACUCUGAUGAACAUCGUGAAUGAGAUUUACCAUGACGAAUCGCUGGGAGUGCACAUCAACGUGGUCUUGGUGAGGAUGAUCAUGCUGGGGUAUGCCAAGUCAAUCAGCCUUAUUGAAAGAGGAAAUCCUUCACGGAGCCUGGAGAAUGUGUGCCGCUGGGCUUUUGUGCAGCAGAAAGGCGACCCUGAUCAUGCUGAACACCACGACCACGCAAUUUUCCUCACUCGCCAAGGAUUUGGCCCAACAGGCAUGCAGGGUUAUGCUCCUGUCACAGGAAUGUGCCACCCAGUCCGUAGCUGCACCCUAAACCACGAAGACGGCUUUUCUUCUGCCUUUGUUGUGGCUCACGAGACCGGACAUGUGUUGGGCAUGGAGCACGAUGGCCAGGGGAACCGCUGCGGGGAUGAAACAGCCAUGGGAAGCGUGAUGGCUCCUCUGGUGCAGGCGGCCUUCCAUCGUUACCACUGGUCCAUGUGCAGCGGACAGGAGCUGAAAAGAUACAUCCACACAUAUGACUGUCUCCUGGACGACCCCUUCAAACACGACUGGCCACAGCUUCCUGAACUUCCAGGUAUCAACUACUCCAUGGAUGAGCAGUGUCGCUUUGACUUUGGAGUCGGCUAUAAGAUCUGCACCUCAUUCCGUACAUUUGACCCAUGUAAACAGCUGUGGUGCAGUCACCCGGACAACCCUUACUUCUGCAAAACCAAGAAAGGCCCACCCCUCGACGGGACAGAGUGCGCUCCGGGGAAAUGGUGCUACAAAGGUCACUGCAUGUGGAAAAACCCAAAUCAGAUCAAGCAAGAUGGUGCCUGGGGCUCCUGGAGCAAAUAUGGCUCCUGCUCACGCUCUUGUGGAACUGGAGUUCGCUUCCGAACACGGCAGUGCAACAACCCUGUACCUUCCAACGGCGGCCAGGACUGCCCGGGAGUGAACUAUGAGUAUCAGCUCUGCAACACAGACGACUGCCCCAAGCACUUCGAAGAUUUCCGAGCUCAGCAGUGCCAGCUCCGCAACUCCCACUUUGAAUUCCAAAAUGCCAAACACCACUGGCUUCCCUACGAGCAUCCUGAUGCCAACAAGAGAUGCCACCUGUAUUGCCAGUCAAAGGAGACGGGAGAUGUGGCGUACAUGAAGCAGCUGGUGCAUGAUGGGACGAGAUGCUCGUACAGGGAUGCCUACAGUAUCUGCGUGCGUGGAGAAUGCGUGAAAGUUGGUUGCGACAGAGCAAUCGGCUCGAAUAAAGUUGAGGACAAAUGCGGGGUUUGUGGUGGAGACAACUCCCACUGCCGCACUGUCAAAGGAACCUUCACCCGUACACCAAAGAAAGCUGGUUACCUUAAGAUGUUUCUCAUUCCUCCUGGAGCUAGACAUAUGAUGAUCCAGGAGCAUGAGGCCUCACCUCAAGUUCUUGCAAUAAAGAACCAGGCAACAGGUCACUACAUCCUCAACGGGAAAGGAGAUGAGCUCAAGUCCAGGAGCUUUAUUGACCUGGGUGUGGAGUGGCACUACAUCAUCGAGGGGGACGUGGAGACGCUGCAGACUGACGGACCUCUGCAUGACCCUGUGGUGGUUCUGAUAGUACCCAAGGACAAUGAAACUCGGUCUACUUUGAUGUACAAGUACAUCAUCCAUGAAGAUUCAGUGCCAGUUAACAACAACAAUGUUAUCCAGGAGGACACCUAUGAAUGGGCUCUGAAGAGCUGGUCCCCAUGUUCCAAGCCUUGUUCUACAGGGUUUCAGUACACCAAAUAUGGUUGUCGAAAGAAAGGAGACACCAAAAUGGUACAUCGGGGCUACUGUGAUGCCAGCAAGAAGCCAAAACCCAUCCGGAGAAUGUGCAAUCUUCAAGAGUGCACACAGCCUCAAUGGAUCUCAGAGGAAUGGGAGCAUUGCACCAAAACCUGCGGCAGCCUGGGCUUUCAGAUCCGGACAGUUCGCUGCUUGCAGUUCCACCACGACGGCACCAACCGCUCCAUUCACAGCAAAUACUGCAGUGGCGAGAAGCCAGAGAGCCGGAGACCCUGUAACAGAGCACCAUGUCCUUCCCAGUGGAGGACCGGAGCCUGGUCUGAGUGCUCUGUGACAUGUGGAGAGGGGAUUGAAAGGCGACUGGUCACAUGCCGGCUUGGAGAUCAGUGUAACGGAGAAAAACCUGAGACGGGGAGAGCGUGCAGACUCGGACCCUGCCCUGAUGAACCAUGUAAUGGAGACAAAUCUAUCUUCUGCCAAAUGGAGGUCUUGGCAAGAUACUGCUCUAUCCCAGGCUACAGGAAACUGUGCUGUGACUCCUGCAGUAAGAGCAGUGGACCUUCAUCUCUGUUCUUUGAGGCUGUUGAGACAGAGGAGCAUGUCCGCUUUGGUUCAGCCUCUCAGCUGCUGGAGACAUUAACUGCCUCUGUAGCAGCCAACAGUACUCGUGGUGGUAAACAAGGCUCAGGAAAAGGAUUUACAAAAUCAGGCAAUGCUGCAAAACACAUUACUACCCCUGCACCACUGAAGAAAACCUCAUCCAAGACCCCUACAGCACCAAGAAGGGUCCCUCGACAUUUGGAUCUCACUGAGAGAAACCACCUUGCUAUGGCAUUGUCUCCUCAGGAAGAUCCUGAGGGUCAAAGGCCAGGCAACUUGAAGGGGAGUCAGUGUCCAAGAGCAUAUUCCGAAGUCAAAAGAUGAAAGUGAACCCUCUUCCCUUUUGGACACAAGUAGAGUAGAUAAUCCAGCUUCAUCCUGAGUCUUCUCACACCAAAAACACAAGAGAGAAAAAGGAGAAUUGAAGAAAAGUGCUGGCUCA